AUUCCUCAAAUCCAUUUCCAAAGCCUCUCCUACUUCUCUCUCUCUGCUUAACAACAAAAACUCUUACAAGAAUCUUCUUCCAAAACUCUUAAGCCAUGGCAACUGUUGUAUAUCAAGGGUUUCAAUCUCAUUUUGAGUCUCAGCACUUUGAGCCCAGAGCUCUAAGACUCAGACUCUCUUCUCCUAACAAUCCUCACUCAUCCACACCUCUCAAAUCCCAGUUGCUAGACUCAUCCAUCACUCCACAACACAACAUUUCCACCACUAAUGCUGCCUCUAAGUCAGAAAGCUGGAGCUUCCUCGAGUCCAUCUCAAACUCGAGCUCUGAUGAUAAAGACAAGAAGACAUCAUUACCCUACGUUCAUACUCCAUCUUCUCGUAGAACUCUCAGCGAUGAGAGCUUAGCAUUGUGCACUGAAAGCCUCGGUAGCGAGACGGGUUCUGAUGUCAUUAACGAUCAAGAUUUGUUCUCGGUUACAACCGAGUUACAAACCAUGGAAGCUAGAACAACGACAACAAAAUCAACACGACAAGACAGGAUGAGGAAUGAGAUAGCUUCUCUUCCACCUCCUUUGACGAGUAUGAGAGGUUUUGAUGGCAUUCAAGUAAAGUCUCACCGUCAGAACGGAAGAUUGGUAAUGACAGCCAUGAAACCUCUGCCUCGCGAUCGAUGCUUACAAGACCGAAGUAAUGGCUGCGUCCGACUAGCAAUCUUGAUUGAUUCUAAUGACCAUAUAGAGACAAAGACCAAAGAAGAAGAAGAAACAGCUAAGACAGUAAGAGAUAACGGAGAAGAGAUGCAACAAUACGAGGACGAAGAAGAAGUUGAAGAAGAAAAACAAGAAGUUGAAGUGAUGGUUAUCAAGAACACUCAAAGAUCAAAUAGAUGUCAUGAAGGUGAUCUAGAAAACAGAGGAUUUCUAAACUGGGAAUCUUUCAGUGUUGCCACUUCCUAAAAAAUAAUAUUUCUGAUCUCUCUGUGAUCACAGUUUCACAAACUUUUUUCCUUGCACUGUGUUUUCGUUUUGUAUAAUUAACAACCGUUUUUUUAUCACUCUCUAUGUUUAGAGAUGGUAUUAAAUCCUGGAUUACCGACAAAAGACCUUGGUUUUUAGUUUUAUUUUGUCAACGACCUUGGUUAUUGAUUUAAUACAUAACUAUUUGAGGUUG